UAUUUCAUCAUACAAAAAAAGCAUAUCAGCCCAAACCCACGCACCCCCACACUACCACAUUUCUCGUCCGAACCACCUUUCUCUCUUCAUCAAUGUCCCUAAACUCCGCCACAUUCUUCCCUUUGUUCUUCUACCUCUUUUUCACCAUUCUUUUACCUGCUUCCUUUAGUAUAUCCAAUCCAGACCCAGCAAAUAGCCAACCACUUCCUAUAACAGCAUCGCCACCAGCUACAAUCCCUGCAUUUCCAGAGCAAUCAAAUGUUGUUGGUUGUCCACUAGACCUACCAGAAGAACUCUUUCACGGUAUAAAAAGUGCUUGUGGCACAAAAAAUGAAAAUGGGAUCACAGGGCAGCUCCACCGCAGCCGAUGCUGCCCAGUACUUGCAACCUGGCUUUAUGCCGCCUACUCUGCCACUGCCCUUGGUGGGGCUGGCAGAGUAGUACCCGCAGUGGCGGGUCGUACCCCAUCGUAUGACAUGCCACUGCUGCCAGAUGACUCGGAAACAUGUGUUGAUGAUUUAGGAAAAGCUUUGAGGCAGAAAGGGAUAGAGUUGGCUAAACCAAAUGAGACAUGUGAUGUGGUGUAUUGCUACUGUGGCAUAAGGCUACACCCAUUGAGCUGCCCUGAGGCAUUCUCAGUGGAUCAAAACGGGAACCUUGUUGGGGAUGAGAAUGUGGAGAGAUUGGAAAAGAAUUGCUUGAGUAGCAGCAGCAAUGUUAAUGGAUUUCCUGGUCUUGGUGGAUGCAACAAGUGCUUGAAAAGCCUUCAUUUGCUUAACAAGAAGAAUACUUUGAAUUCAAGCAAGUCAGAGGACAGGACCACCAAAAUGCGCAACAAAGAUUGCCAGCUGAUGGGUCUCACAUGGCUUCUCGCAAAGAAUCGAACCGCCUACAUUCGAACAGUCUCUGCAGUUUUACGGGCGAUCAUGAUGAGCAAAGCUGGUUCCGAUCCUUCAUCUUGCACUCUAAACAGCGACGGGAUGCCCCUAGCAGUUGAUUCUUCCGAAAUAUAUGAUCAGUCCUCAUCAGUUACCCUCUAUCUAUCCCAGCAUCUUUCACUUUUAGCUCUUUGCUUGUUGCUUAUCCACCUGAUUGUAUUAUCGAUCAUUCAAGUUUAGUUAAGGCAUUAUGGCUUGUUGACAUUGUAAAAUUUUUUUGUCUUCUUUCUAUUAGUUUGCGUUAAAGCUAGAACUGUGAUUUUUAUGGGCUUUUCUAUAAAUAGCUAAGAUUUUUGGGUCCA